UUCCCAUCAAGGACGUAACUAAAGAUGGAGGUAAAAACACUAGAAUAAAAAAACACCCACUCCUUUUAUCGACAGCCACAAAUCUAACCCUAGAAUUCCCCCUUCCUCCUUGUCUGAGUCUAAUAAGUUCCGAUCCAUAUACGUCGAAACCAUGGUCGUCCAUGGUUGGACAGGCGUCUUCUGGGACAUGGAUGAGUUCCCACUCCCUCCUGGUCUCGAUGUAGAUCAGUUUGUUGAGAAUGUCAAAUUAGCUAUAUCGAAUGAGGGUGCUCGUGGUCACGUGGAGUUCUUUGCUUAUGGUAGUUCGGAUUCCUUUGAUUAUGGUCGCUAUCUCGAGGACCGGUUCUUCACUCCAGCUAAAGUUGUCGAUAAACGUUCAAGGUUUUAUCGUUUGUUACAUCGCAUGCUUCUCUGGGUUCACAAACGUCAAAGGUUUGGAGGGAUAAAAAAUUUGUUGGUAAUUGCAAAGGCUCUGCCAGGGCAAGAUAACAUUACCAUGAUCAGUUUUCUUGACGAAAUGAUUGUUAGAGAUCAUAAUGUUUUCACAGUAGUUCCUGAGGGUUGCUCACCAGAAAAUUUUGAUUAUCCUGAGCCAAUUUUAGCUUGGCAUUGGUCUGCCUUAUGUUCUGGAAACAGGUCCAUCGACCUUUCUUCUGCGUAUCCUACUGAUGAUGAUGAUUCCGGACCAGAAACUGAUCGUGCACAAGAUGUGAAACCUGCAAGUGAAACUGAUGCUGCUGCUUCUGCUAGGAAACGUCUUCAAAAAGAUGCCGCCGACUCUCAGAACUAGUUAGCAGAUGAUAAAUACUUUUGUUUCUAUCAAAAUUUGGUUUGUUGUAACGCUGUGUUCUUGCUUUUGCUUAAACUCUAUGGUUUUUUUUUUGUUGAAAUGAUUUGCUUCCAGAAGCUCCUAAUGUUUUAAUAAGUAUCUAUCAAA